AUGAGUUCACUCGGGGAAGGAACCAUCCACUUUGCAGUCGACCUGUUCCAACAGAUCAGACAAUUAGAGAAGGAAAAUAUCUUCUAUUCCCCUUUGAGUAUCAUGUCUGCCUUAGCCAUGACUUCCUUGGGGGCCCGAGGACACACCGCAUCAGAAAUCCAGAAGGUCCUGCACGCGAAUGCAAUCGCAGAGAACACAGAAGGAGGAGGAGCUGCAAGAGAUCCCGUUGAAAGGCCAGGAAAUAUUCAUCAUCAAUUUCAAAAGCUUCUGACUGAGUUUAAGAAACCCACUGAUGCCUAUGAGCUGAACGUAGCCAACAGGCUCUAUGGAGAAAAGACUGUUCUGUUUCUUCAGGCAUACAUGGAUAAUGUUGAGAAAUUUUACCUAGCCAGUGUGGAAUCUGCUGAUUUUGUCAAUGCUGCAGAAGAAAGUCGGAAGAUGAUUAAUUCCUGGGUGGAAAGCCAAACUAAUAAAAAAAUCAAGGAUCUCUUUCCCGGAGGCUCUGUUAGUGGGUCGACCGUUCUGGUUCUGGUGAACGCAGUCUAUUUCAAAGGGCAGUGGCACAAGGAAUUUGAGAAAGAAAAAACUGGGGAGGAAAAAUUUUGGCUGAGCAAGGAUACAAGCAAACCUGUGCAGAUGAUGAAACAAACCGACCUUUUCAAUUUCACGUCACUGGAGGACAUGCAAGUCAAGAUCCUGGAAAUACCGUACAAAGGCCAAGAGCUAAGCAUGUUUCUGCUGCUGCCCAAUGACGUGGAUGGUCUGCAGCAGCUUGAAGAUCAGCUCACUGCUGAGAAGUUAAUAGAGUGGACGAGCCCACAGAAUAUGAAAGAGCGUACAAUGGAGUUACACCUACCUCGGUUCAAAGUGGAGAAGACCUAUGACCUCAAGCCCAUGCUGAGAGCCCUGGGGAUG